AUGCCUGACCCUUCGCAACUUCCACCCCGUGGUGAAGAUGAUGCUCCAGGGCCCUCCAUAAGUGAUACCGACCGUGAAAAAUUCAUCGACGAGUACAUGGAAAAAGCCAAAGAAAUCGCCCCUUCUCUCAACGUUGAGAAAUAUUCUACGAACUUCCUGGACAAGGCACUUGCGCUUCUCUAUGGAGAAAAUUUUAAUGUGGAAGCUGCACUUACAAAACUGAAACAAGUUAAUAAGUACUCAGAUCUCAAGGAGCCACAUCUCCGUCCAGAAGAGGUUAAAGCGUUUGAAAACGGGGUGGCAAAAUACGGCUCCGAGCUUCGAAACGUGACAAAGCAUGUCGGAACUGUCCCACAUCGCCACAUCGUUCGAUAUUAUUACAUGUGGAAGAAAACUCCGAAAGGUCGUCAAAUUUGGGGCAAUUUCGAUGGACGAAAAGGGAGGAAAGCAGCAAAGCAAGCAGAUAAUGCGUUAAAGCUAGUUGACGAUGUCGCAGAUGACCAUGACGAUUCGGCUUUUGAUAACGAGAAGGCCAAAGACAAGAAACGAGGUUUUACGUGCAAAUUCUGUUCGACGAGGUCUUCAAGACAGUGGAGGCGGGCUCCUGGGACCCCUCCUGGUUCUGCCGUUCCUGCAGACCCGAAACGAGAUAGAGCGGUUCAGAGUCUCACUGUUGCCAUUUGUCAACGAUGUGCUGUUCUCUGGCGAAAGUAUGGUAUUCAGUGGGAAGAUGCUGAUGAAGUCGUCAAGAAGAUUGGACAAGGAGGGAAUAAGUCAUGGCGCCGGCGCUACGAGGAGGAGCUACUGGUUCAACUUCUCACCUCGUCUGAGACCGAUGUCAAAAUCAAUAGCACUACAGCAACAAUAGCAACCUCGUUAGGAAUUCCCGUGACUGCAGAAGUGGCUGCACCCCCUCCGCUUCCUACGGAACCUCCUAAGAAGAAGGUGAAGUCAUCUGAUCAGACCGGCAGCGCUCCUGGAACUACUACACCGGCUGAACCCGCUCCUGCUACGAAGAAGAAGGUGGUUGAGAAGCCUGCUGAACCCCCGCCAAUUGCUCCCGAGCCACCUAGGGUUAGGACUCUCCCCUGCGCAGUAUGCAAUAAAAUGGAACCCAUGGGUGAUCAGCAUCUGUCCUGUCGUGACUGCCGCUUGACUGUUCAUCGAGCUUGCUACGGCGUGAACCCUUCAUGGAACUCGUCGAAAUGGUUCUGCGAUAUGUGCUUGAACGACAGGAACCCCGCUAUUUCAACGUCGUAUGAGUGCGUUUUAUGCCCAGUUACAUACACUGAGCAUGAGCUGAUGGAACCGCCCAAGGUCUCUCACAAAAAGAAAACAGACCGAGAGCGUGAAAAGGAGCGACUGGAGAAAGAAAUGGUUGCAGAGGCUAGCAAACUAUAUAAAAUACGACAGAAGGAGGCUGGGAAACCGACAGGUCCCCGCGAGCCGCUCAAAAGAACUGCUGGAAACAAUUGGGUUCACGUUGCUUGCGCAGUAUGGGUGCCUGAAAUUAAGUUUGGCAAUGCAAAGGAGCUAGAACCUGCCGAGGGAUUUGGACUGAUCCCUGCUGAAAGAUUCAGAGAUACUUGCGAUAUCUGCAAGACGGACCAAGGCGCAUGCGUUUCCUGCCACAACACCCCUUGCAAUGCACGAUUUCAUGUCGGAUGUGCCAGUCGAUCUGGAUACAUUUUCGGUUUUGAUAUCACCCCAGUCAAGAGUAGUCGAAGAGACACCGUUAACACGAUGAAAUUGGGCGACGAGGUGGGUGCGGCUACGCCUGCUAUUUGGUGCCCUCACCAUGCCAUUUCGACCAUUGUCCAUGAAAUGAGUGAGCCUAGUGAGGUUCCGGGUUUAAAUGCACUACAACAUUAUUGUCAGAUUUCCAAGCAAGCCGACCUCACACUAACGGGUACUGUUCGGAAAGCCGCACAUGUCCAACAAUCUGUUGGGGUAUCGGUUCAAAAUGGCUUCCACCCGCCUAACCGACGAGUUUCCGUCAAUGGAAGUGCCCCACACCACACCAAAGAUAAUAAACCUUGCAAAUCCGGAUUCAGUCCGAAGUGGUGGACGGUCGAGUCAUCUUUGGAAUUCUCCGCGCCCUUGGGUGAAAACCGCUUUGUGAUGAACGGUGUUGGCGCGACGGAUGGUUCUGGUCCGGCUUAUUCCAACGCAGCCCAAACAGGUGGCUCUCCUGCUCACGCGGAAAAGGUGCCGCCCGGGCCAACGUUGAACGGGGAUGUCCUUAUGAUCGAUGCGGACCGCACUAUUUCGUCCAAUCAAAACCCGUCGCGAGGCUCUCCAAGGUCUAGAACUCUGCAUGAAUGCCAUAAAUGCCAUAUCAAAAAGCAAUCAACGUCACCAGUAGAACCGGAAGUUCGACCUUCUCCAUACCCCGCAAAGCGGGAUCCAAGCCAACCUGCGACCCGUAUUCCCGAGUUCACUCAGAACCAGUAUUCGCCAUCACCACAUGCCCACCCGGCACCGCAACCCCCAAAUCUACCUAUCCCCUCAAUGGUACAGGUUCAUGGACACGGUGCGGCAGACUGGCGUCCGGACUAUGAACAACGGUCGCCCGAUUAUGGUCCAAUACUCAUGCAUCAUAUACCACCCGGUGUUCCUCCACCAUCUAGCAUUCAAUCACUUGGACCACGAAAUUUCCAUGGCGGCCCCGCUCCUCCUCCUCCUCCCCCACCACAGCACCUUAAUGGCUAUCACCCUUCUCUCCCACCGCACCACCAAGGUCCUUCUCCGCCCCCUAAGCAACACCACUAUGGAAACGGCGUCCCUCCUCCACUCCCACAUUCAUACUCUGCUCACCAGAGCCCAUAUGGUCCAGUUCAAUUACCACCUCCUAAUGGGCAUGGCCCAUCACAGCCACCACAGCCACCUCCCCCAGCCACCUCAAAUAGGCCGUACAACUCCUCCGCUACUUCCCCAGUCCCUCAUUUCUCCCCACCGCAUACCCUAAAUGCACUCCAGCCAAACUCUCCUCCGGGCGCUUUCAUAACACAAAUGUACCGACGGGUGGAUCUGGAUCGGGAGCCAGUGCGAAUCCGUCGCUAA